AUGAAGGACGGCUUUGAAGAUUCUCAGAUUGAUCAUGAAAAUCCACCAGUGUUUGCGGAUGUGGAGGAGAAUAAGAGAGCUUCUCCUUUGAUUGAGCGUAUUAGACUUACGAAACCAUGCUUUGGAGUUAUGCUAUCAUCGAUGUUCACAAACUACGCUGUAAUGAGUAUGUUAGUUUAUGGUUUCACCGGCGUUUAUCGAUAUGCUCUGAUUGCUGGAUUCAUAACAAUGCCGAUUUCUUCAGUUUUAACUGCUUGGGAUGCAGUUGUAGAUCGUGAAAAGUGGUAUCAAAAACAAGUUUUACUGCGACAAGGGAGGUUUCAAGAAGCUCACUCGAUGAAAACCGUAUUUGACUGGAGCGGAUAUGAGGCUGAAAUUGCCAGAACGUUAAAAAAUCGGUAG